UGUCAGCAGAGUGAGGCGGAUCACCGGAGACGGCUGCCGUACAUUCACCUUCUUACUUCCUGUUUGAUCAGAAAACAACCAAAGAAGAAGAUGAAGAACAAAGUUGGCAGCACGCAAGUUAGCUGCAGUGUGGUUACCAUAGCAACUGUGUGUGCAGUGAGUGUGAAGAGGCGGUCCUGGUCCUGGCAGCAGUACCUGAACGAACAGAAAGCUGAAGCUGCUCCUCCGUCGCUGUUCACACAGUCCCAGUCCUUUCCCAGUAGGAGAACUGCUUUUAAAGUCGGGAUGAAGCUGGAGGGCGUCGACCCGCUGCACCCCUCCAUGUUCUGUGUGCUGACGGUCGCUGAGGUGAUUGGCUUUCGGCUCCGCCUCCACAUUGACGGGUACUCAGAAUGCUAUGACUUCUGGGUAAACGCUGACUCAGCAGACAUCAGACCGGCAGGCUGGUGUAAAGACAACAACCACAAGCUCCACCCACCCAAAGGUCACAGUGAGACAGGCUUUGAUUGGCCGCUCUACCUUCAGUCCACAGGCUCUCAUCCUGCCCCCCCGACCCUGUUCACCUGUCGCACUGCAAGCUGUGGGUUCAGUGUGGGGAUGAAGCUGGAGGCUGUCGACAGGAAGAACCCCGGGCUCGUGUGCGUCGCCUCCGUCACUGAUGUCAUCGAUGACCACUUCCUGGUUCACUUCGACAACUGGGACGACACGUACGACUACUGGUGUGACAGCAGCAGUCCGUACAUUCAUCCUGUGGGUUGGUGUGAACAACAGGGACGACCUCUGACCGCUCCACAGGGUCAUCCCAACCCAGAGAACUUCCUGUGGGAGCAAUACCUGCAGGAAACUGGUUCCAUCGCUGCUCCCAGUUCAGCCUUCACACUGAGAGCUCCGCACGGUUUCCAGAUGAACCAGAAACUAGAGGCAGUCGACAGGAGGAACCCCAUGUUGAUCCGUGUCGCCACGGUAACAGAUACAGCCGACUACAGGGUGAAGGUGCAUUAUGACGGCUGGUCACAGCAGUUUGACGUCUGGUGUGACAGCGACCUGUGUGACCUUCAUCCUGUCGGCUGGUGUCAACGCACAGGACACCCUCUGGAACCCCCCCCAGGUUCAUCCCCCCUGUCGUCCCCCUCUCAGGGCGUUUGUCCCACUCCAGGCUGCAGAGGAGUCGGACACAUUAAAGGAGCAAAAUACACCGGACACCACAGUGCCUUCGGCUGUCCGUACUCAGACAUUAAUAUGCGUAAGGAGGUGGUGCUUCCUGAUAGGCUGGGAGGAGAGAGAGUGGUCACCCUUGUACCUGUCACCAUAUAUCACCACGGCAACCAGUCAGACAGUGUUCAGGUAAAGACCGAGCCCGGGGACGAGACUCUGCUGCUUCCUCUGGGGAAGAGAAAAAGACUGACUGACAGACUGUCCCAGCCAACCAAAUUCCUCCGUGUGAAACAGGAAGAGGAGGAGCUUCACCUGAGAGCCCUCAGUCCAGCAGCAGAGUCCAGUCUGCAGGCCGCCCUCCACCAGUCUGUCUUUCUGUCGGCCAUGUCGGCGCAGCCCGGCCGUGACCUGUCGCUCUGCUGGGAGCAACACCGCAAACUGCUGCCGGGCGUUGCCGGAGUUCACGCCGAAACCGUCCAACACUGGAGUGUCCAGCAGGUGUCAGACUUCAUUGAGUCUCUUCCUGGCUGUGAGGAACAGGCCAAACAGUUCAGAGACGAGCAAAUUGAUGGACGGGCCUUCCUCCUACUCACCCAACGGGACAUCGUCAGGAUCAUGUCAAUUAAACUUGGUCCCGCCCUCAAAAUCUACAACUCCAUCCUGAUGUUCAAGCACGCUGAAGACAGGAGCAAAUUACACGCAGAGGACACCUGACACCUGCAACUCAUAACUGAGCCAAUCCAGAAACACCAGUUUGACAUUUACAAGCCCCUCCCCCUCUUCUGAUCCAUCCAAUCAUCAAUCAGAUUCUCAGGUGUCGGUCAGGUGACUUCAUGUUGGACGUUCAUGACAAAGCAGAAAACGAGACAAACACUAGUAAGCCUUGACCAAACGUAGCAAAAUGUUUAUUUAAAAGCAUAGAAACGGCGGUUCCUUGAAUACCUUUUUUGUAUUCACAUCGCUGCUGAUUGGGUAACUCCUCUGACACGCCCACCAAUCCAGAGAAAGCAUACCUCAAAGCCUGUCACGCACCAUUUCCAGGAAACAUGUUGUUCAGCCUGGAAACGGGAGUGAACGGUGCACACUGUGUAGGAUCCACACCAUUACCACACCGGCUUACGCCUGUGGAUGCAGAGUAGGCGGAGUCUGCACACCAUGUGACAGUUAUCGUAGCCGGCAGAUAUGCAGGAUCCUCCGCUAAACAUCACCAUGACCACAUGGCCCUUACAAACACAAACAAGUCUCAGGUUUAUAAAAUCAUAUUGUGAACACCCUUUCUGUGCUGCCAAUUAUUCGUCAAAUAGGGAAGCUAUCAAAGCUAACCCUGAGCUAACCCUGACCACUGAAACAGUUGUUGUGACCCUCGUUCUGUCACCUGAGAACUCCUGAGCUCCACUUUAGGUUCCGUCUCUUAUUGCAAGCGAGUCCUUCAGAGAUCUAAAGACUGAAACACUGGACUCACCAAACCAGGACCAAUGUGCAAGGAUUCUGGGAUGUAGAGGCCUAAAGGACACAGGUGGUCCAGGUAGAAGGAAGGGAGCCUGAAAUGAGACUCAUCUUGAUUUUAGAAAAAUUAAAAAUCUUUUACAGUCUUAAUUAAGUUUUAUUGAACUUUGUACAGAGAUUUUCUAGAAUAUCUUGGAUGAAAACUGCUCCGAGCUGAUCGGCUGAGCUCGUGAAAAAACACCAAAAAACACACAAAUAGUGAGAGACGUCCCAUAUUAAUGCAGAAAAUGCCGAAUUGUUCGGAAAGAUUUUAUAAUUGACAGAAAUUAUGAAAAAGAUCUCAUCAGUUUUGUAAAUCUGAUUAAAAGUUCUCUUUAAAAAGAUCUUAAAUGUACGAGACAAAUACUUAUAGUGGUGAUAAAGUAUAUCAUUACAAAAGCCUCAAAACUACACAAAAAAGGAAAUUGGGACAAAGAACCCCAAAAAUAUCUAAAGACAUUUUAUAGAAGCCAUAAAAAGAAAUGAGUUGUGUUUUAGUCUCGUUAUCGUCCCUUCCUAAGUCUUACCCCUUUUUCUCUGUGCUCCUAUAACAAUCUUUAGCUAGCCAAACACUAACUAAAUAGCUAGCUAAUACACAUCAGUAGUUAGCUAGCAUUUUGCUAACAUCAGCCAACUUGUUACUCUCUUUUAUAUUUUAACCAUCUUCAAAAUAGAUUACAUAGAAUAGACAAAUUACAGGAAAGGAUGAAGUUGCUCGGCUGUUAUUGGAGCACAGAGUAAAAAGGGGUGGGUCUUAGGAAGAGUCAGUUAUAAGUAAAGGUGUAUUUGUGGGAAAGCACAGGUUCUAGCGUUGUUUAAUGAAUGUAAGGGCUCAUGAAUAAAUACCACACAGGACCGAUGACUGACCCUGCCUCCACUUUAACGACUCAGGAUUUAAUUUGAACCCAUCUGGUGACAUCAUCCAAAAGUCAACCUCCUGUGCAAUGAUUGGUCGGUUCACGCAGUGGACGGACGUCUUUAUUGAUUCCAGAGUUUGUAUUUAUGAUUUUAUUCUCUAUAGUGAAUCUAUAUUUGAAAGUUUAUAUAUGACUAUAUAUUUGUAUUUCUGUUCACUCUGACUCCUCCUCCCCUUUGAUGUCACUGUGAUGUCACAGUGGGCAGCUCCCUCAGGUUUCCAUGGUAACAGCAAUCUGCUGAUGUUUAUAAUUGUUUUAUUUUUGUUGUUGUGUUUCAUGAGAUAUUAAAGUUUACUAUCUGACCUGA